AUGGUGUCCGGCAAGCAGCUGGCCGAUUUCGGCUACAAGGCGUUCUCCGGCUCCAUGAUGCUGCUGACGGUGUACGGCGGGUACCUGUGCAGCGUCCGCGCCUACCGGCUGCUCCAGCGCCGCCGGGAGCGGCAAACGGCCCCUGGGUCCGGCAGCUGAGGGCGCCCCGGAGCCGGUACCGCCCUUCCCGGCUGGGGGCAGCGGGGAAGCACCAAUAAAACCGUGUGAAAACCCGCAA